AUGACGAGUACAAACACCGCCAUGACGGCUCCUCCUCCGCCGCCGCCGCCACAGCCGCAGCAACAACCUCCUCUGCCACAUCUUCCGGUGGCUGCUGUGGCGGAGGGUCCGUCGGCGGACGAGUUGACGGCGAAGGCGUUGCACAAGAGGUACGAAGGCCUGACGACGGUGAGGACGAAGGCGGUGAAGGGGAAAGGCGCGUGGUAUUGGAUGCACCUCGAACCUAUCCUCGUCCACAACACCGACACUGGCCUUCCCAAGGCGGUGAAGCUCCGGUGCUCGUUGUGCGACGCCAUUUUCUCCGCCUCGAACCCUUCUCGCACCGCCUCCGAGCACCUGAAACGAGGCACCUGCCCCAACUUCAACAACUCCUUAAUCACACCCAUCACCUCUGCCAAUCCUCCUCCGCCGCCGCACCAUCGCCACCGCCACCGCCACGGCGGAGAGCGUUACCGAAAACGUAGGUCCUCCGCUUCUUCCGCUGCCCUGGCCUCGCCGUCGAGUGGGGGAUCCUACCACGUGGCGCCGAUUACUGCCAUCGACCCGUCGCGUUUCUGUGGCGGAGAGUCGCUGUACUCGGCGUCUCCGGUGGGUUUAUUGACGCAGCAGCCGCAUUUGAUGCUCUCCGGCGGGAAAGGCGAUUUGGGUCCGUUGGCGAUGUUAGAAGACAGCGUGAAGAAGCUCAAGAGCCCUAAGACGUCGAACACUCCGUCUCUCAGCAAGUCGCAGAUGGAAUCGGCCCUCGAUUCUCUCGCCGAUUGGGUCUUCGAAUCUUGCGGUUCGGUUUCUCUGUCCGGUCUGGAGCAUCCCAAGUUCAGAGCUUUUCUGACGCAGGUAGGUUUACCGGUCAUCUCCAGGAGAGAUUUCGCCACGAGCAGAUUGGACAUCAAGUACGAGGAAUCUAAGUCUGAAGCAGAAAACAGACUCCGAGACGCCAUGUUCUUCCAAAUCUCUUCCGACGGAUGGAAAUUCGGCAAUUUGGGCGAGAAUCUGGUGAACUUGAUCGUGAAUCUGCCGAAUGGGACGAGUGUAUACAGCAGAGCAGUGUUCGUGAAAGGCGAUAUGCCGUCAAACUACGCAGAGGAGCUCUUGUGGGAGACAGUGAUGGGCAUCUGUGGGAAUUCACCGCACCGUUGUGUUGGGAUAGUUUCAGACAGGUUCAAGGCCAAAGCACUUGAGAAUCUGGAGAAUCAACACCAAUGGAUGGUGAAUCUCUCUUGUCAAUUUCAAGGUUUCAACAGUUUGAUCAAGGAUUUCAGCAAGGAGCUUCCUUUGUUCAAAUCCGUCUCUCAGAAUUGUCUAAGGCUAGUUAGUUUCAUCAACAACACCGCUCAAAUCCGACAAGCUUUUUGUAAGUAUCAGCUGCAAGAACAUGGCGAAUCUAGAAUGCUUCCACUGCCUUUGCACUGUUACCAUUUGGACGACCGAAAUGGAGCGAGUUUGUCCGAGCCGUUGUAUAGUCUACUUGAAGAUAUGUUGAACUCUGCUAGGGCAAUUCAGUUGGUAAUACAUGAUGAUGUUUGUAAGGUUGUCUCCAUGGAAGAUCCUAUGGCUAGGGAGCUCAGGGACAUGGUCGGGGAUGUUGGGUUCUGGCACGAUAUCGAGGCGGUUCACUCGCUGGUUAAACUCGUCAAAGAAAUGGCUAAGAGAAUAGAGGAGGAAAGGCCCUUAGUAGGGCAAUGCCUCCCGCUAUGGGACGAGCUAAGAUCGAAGGUAAAAGAUUGGUGCACGAAGUAUAAUGUGGCGGCGGAAGGGCAUGUCGAGAAACUAGUGGAGAGACGAUUCAAGAAGAAUUACCACCCUGCAUGGGCUGCAACUUUCGUACUCGACCCUUUUUACUUGACAAAGGACAGCACCGGAAAAUAUCUUCCUCCUUUCAAAUGCCUGUCACCCGAGCAAGAGAAGGACGUAGAUAAGCUGAUAACGAGGCUCGUGUCUAGAGACGAGGCGCACGUCGCACUGAUGGAACUGAUGAAAUGGCGAACACAAGGGCUCGACCCCGUGUACGCAAAGGCGGUCCAAAUGAAGGAACGAGACCCGGUUACGGGAAAGAUGAGAAUAGCAAACCCGCAAAGCAGUAGACUUGUGUGGGAAACGUGUCUUAGCGAGUUCAGGUCACUGGGAAAAGUCGCGGCUAGGCUCAUCUUCCUCCACGCCACUUCUUGUGGGUUCAAGUGCAACUCCUCUAUCUUGAGAUGGGUAAAUUCGCAUGGACCGUCACGAGCAGCCAUACAUCGAGCACAGAAGCUGAUUUUUAUAUCGGCGAAUUCAAAAUUCGAAAGGAGGGAUUUCUCGAACGAGGAGGAAGGGGACGGAGAAUUACUCGCCAUGGCUAACUGUGAGGAUGAUGUGCGGAACGAGGUUCUUGUGGAUACAUCCUCCGCCUGA